AUGGUUCGCUCUUCUCCCAUUUCGUACACGGCUGCGCUGCUGUACCUGUUCGCGGCUUCCGGAUCGGCCCAGACCUUCACCAUCUCCAACGGCCAGAUCUUCACGCCGGGUCUGGUCAUCUUGGAUGCGCCUCAACCGGGAACCCCGCUGGGCGGAGACAAUCUCCAUGUCGCGCUGGACGUGUCAACUAACGGCAGGAUGCCGCUGCCGCCAUACGCCGAGGACAGUCCGACCAAGAUCUUCAACGUGACCAUGUUCCUGUCCAGCUACGUAACUGGGCGUAACUUCACCAUCACCAACGGCACGGCGACGGCCAACGAUGCCAGUCUCGGCGACAUCAUGUUCCAGGAACCCGGCAGCACGGUGAAGCACGUCAACUGGCUCUGGCCCGACUGUCUGGUGGGUAAUGGGCAGCCCAACUCAGCCGACAGCGACCGCGGCGCUUAUAACAUCUCCAUCCGCCAAAACUUCCGCCUCAACGGCCAAGACCAUUACACCAUUUUUGACGUGCCCAUCUCCGUGACCAACAGUAUCGAGGAGAAGGACGGACGGCCCUCUUGCGAUGCGCUCAACAACGCGCUUCUGACGGAGGAGGAGCUCAACGCAACCGCCGCCAACGCCGUCGGCGUGCUUUUCGCGCCGGGCGACUCGACUAAUAUCCAGGUCGAACCUGACAAGGGCAACGGCAAGGGAAACGACAAGGGCAACGACAAGGGCAACGACAAGGGCAACGACAAGGGCAACGACAAGGGCAACAACAAGGACAGCGGCGACGCGCUCGGUAGACCCAAGCCGGAGGCGACACCGGGCGAUGGGCUCGGUGCCGGAAAUAGCUUGAGCUGGAGGAGCGGCGCACACUGGUUGUGCCUGGUGAGCAUCGGCGCUGCGCUGAUGCUCUGA